AGCGCCUGAAGUUUUCUCAGCCCUGCUGCCGGGACUGCGAGGGCUUGCUGAAAGAUGAGGGCCUGGAUUUUUUUCCUUCUCUGCCUGGCAGGCAAAGCCCUGGCAGCUCCGCAGGAGGCUCUGCCUGAUGAGACAGAGGUCAUCGAAGACCCCACCACAGAGGAGCCGGUGGGGGCCAACCCCGUCCAGGUGGAGGUGGGAGAGUUUGAGGAACCCACAGAAGAUGUAGAGGAGAUUGUUGCAGAGAACCCCUGCCAGAACCACCACUGCAAGCACGGCAAGGUGUGCGAGGUGGAUGACAACAACUCACCCAUGUGUGUGUGCCAAGAUCCCUCCAGCUGCCCAGCCACCGCCGGUGUCUUCGAGAAGGUCUGCGGCACUGACAACAAGACCUAUGACUCCUCCUGCCAUUUCUUUGCCACCAAGUGCACCUUGGAGGGAACCAAGAAGGGACACAAGCUGCACCUGGACUACAUUGGGCCUUGCAAAUUCAUUCCUGCCUGCCUGGACACAGAGCUGACCGAGUUCCCCCUGCGCAUGCGGGACUGGCUCAAGAACGUGCUGAUCACCCUGUACGAGCGCGAUGAGGACAACAACCUGCUGACCGAGAAGCAGAAGCUCAAGGUGAAGAAGAUCCACGAGAACGAGAAGCGCCUGGAGGCUGGUGACCACACCGUGGAGCUGCUGGCCCGUGACUUUGAGAAGAACUACAACAUGUACAUCUUCCCUGUGCACUGGCAGUUUGGGCAGCUGGACCAGCACCCCAUCGACGGGUACCUGUCCCACACUGAGCUGGCCCCACUCCGUGCCCCUCUCAUCCCCAUGGAGCACUGCACCACCCGCUUCUUCGAGGCUUGCGACCUGGACAACGACAAGUACAUCGCCCUGGAGGAGUGGGCCAGCUGCUUUGGCAUUAAGGAGCAGGACAUAGACAAGGAUCUUGUGAUCUAAACCCCCAGCUUCCUUCUCUGCUGCCAACUUUGUCUUGUUUCAACCUUCCCACUUCCUUCAGUUUUUAAACGGCUUUUGUUUUGUUUUUUUUUUCCCUGGGAACAAGGUGCUAAUAUAGAUCUAAAUAUAAGUAGUAACGGUGCUAAGAGAAAUAACAGUCCUCCUUCAUAGCCUCAUCUAUUACCACUAGAUUACUCACUCGGCUGUUUCCACAAGCUCUUACCAGCCCUUUCUCUCUGACAUGUCUUUACCAUUGACUGACCCUGUUCCUGGCCUAAAUAUCCGCUCCAUCUUGGUAUCCGCUCUCGGAUGGACUUCUCUUAACUUCUUACUAACAGCAGGUUCUUGGACACGUCAGCGUAGAUGCAAAGACCUCUCAGCUGAUCCACCACCCCCAGUUACAGAUCGCCAGCGAGGGAAGGCAGAGCCAGAGGAUGUAGGAGGAUUGGGCUUUUUGAGCAGAGCAGCUGUUGGUGACAUUGUGGUCACCCAGCUUAUGGUAGGGGGGAUGAAGAGGGGUGAGAAAGA